UUUGUCCUGGCGCCACUGGGCGAAGUGUUGAGAGCGAUAAUUUUUGAAGAAAAUCCACCAUGUCCAUGGAAGUUGCAGUUGCCGACGGAGACAACCUUCUCUCCUCCCUUCAAUCCCUUGUCAACUCUCUCCAACUCCGAAUUCAGGUUCUCUCUCUCUUCAGAUUCUCUCUCAUUUUCAGUUUGGCUGAGAUUCGUUUCUCGUUGAAGCAGGAACUAGAGUCUGAGAACGCCAAGUUAUCAUCGCGUCUUUCAAAUUGUACCUGUUCUGAGAAAGAGAAGCAGCUUGGCGGUUCUUCUGCAAACAGCAUGGAAUCAGAAUCUGGUGGCACUAAGACCAAAAAAAAGAAAUCCAAAGAGAAAGCUUCAGGUUGUGAUACAAGCAUCAUGAAUCACCAGUGCAAAAGAUAUGUUGCUCUUAAACUAAUGUACUUUGGGCAGAGGUUCUAUGGCUUUGCUUCAGAAGCACAAAUGGAUCCAACAGUUGAGUCUGAACUUUUUGGAGCUCUUAAAAAAACAAGGCUUUUAGUUGGUGACAAGAAGGAGUCUCAAUAUUCAAGAUGUGGUAGAACAGAUAAGGGGGUUUCUUCUGUUGGGCAAGUUGUUGCUCUCUUUUUGCGAUCAAACCUCACAAAAGCUCAUUCAAACCAUGAAAACUCAAGUGAAGUCAUUUCUGGAGAACAGUUGGAAGGAGAAAUUGAUUAUGUGAGGGUUCUGAAUCGAUCCCUUCCAAAUGAUAUUCGAGUUUUAGGCUGGUGUCCUGUUCCAAUUGGUUUCAGUGCAAGGUUUAGCUGUUUGAACAGGGAGUACAAAUAUUUCUUUUGGGAAGAAAGUCUAAAUCUCUUGGAAAUGGAGAGUGCUGGUAAGAAAUUUAUUGGCGAACAUGACUUCCGGAACUUCUGUAAAAUGGAUGCAUUAAAUGUGCACAACUACCGGCGUUGUGUCUCGUCAUUUGAAAUUUCCCCUACUGAUGUGAGGUUCGAAGGAAAGCAACUUUGGGCAAUCAAAAUCGAAGGCAGUGCGUUCUUGUGGCAUCAGGUUCGAUGCAUGGUUGCUGUACUAUUCAUGAUUGGCCAAGGCUUUGAAUCUCCUGAAGUAAUAGAUGUGCUACUGGAUACUGACAGGACCCGAAGGAAACCUCAGUACACCAUGGCUCCAGAGAUUCCAUUGGUUCUUCAUUCCUGUGAAUUUGAAAAUCUAAAGUUCAAUUGUUCGUCAGAAGCUGGACAAGCGCUACGUGAACACUUGACGAAACAAUGCCAAGCUUACCAUCUCCAAGCUGCCAUCUUUCAAGAAGCUCUACUUGCCUGUUUGCCCACAUCAACAGAUCAGAGCACCUCAAACAAUGGAGCAAUCAAGAAGAAGGCUGCCCAUAUUCCUCUCAUGUCUCGGCCCACUGAGCCUUCAUAUGCGGAGAGGCGUGCCAAAUUAAACUCAAGAUCAUGAAGGAUUUAUAGACACAUCUCGAAGGUUAUGACAUGACAAGUGCGAUAAUUUUCAUGUCCUGAUAUGCAAUAUUUUUCAAUUACAAAUUUUAUAGUAAAAUAUGUUUUCUCUGCAAGUGAACGAGUGACGUGUUUUCCGGGGCAAUUCUUUUGUGAUGGGAAUUUUUUGUUUCCAUACUAGGAACUUAGGAACAGUGUCUGUCAACUUCUUUUCAGAGAGUAAUAUAACUACCUGUAUGUGCUACUUACAGAUGAUAACACCCAUUAUUUCCUUCUCACUUUUAAGGAGAAAAUAAAGUUGUACAUGGAUUUGAAAUUUUUGCACGUCUGAUUGACCGCAAGGAAAUACAGAACCGGUUACUUUUUGCAUGCUAAAACAGCUGUGUUUAGUAGACAUAGAGCACUUCUGAUCAGGACAAAAUCAUAAAGGUGCUCUCUAUAACAAGCCCGGCC